UUCGGCCACCGCAACACGCUUCCAAGCCUGCCUUGUGACCUUCCACCUCCACUCUAGCUCAACAUCCGCAGCCGCCAAUCGACCAAAUCUUUUCGCUAACCCUUUGUGGUUACACUUGGAUCAAAAACCGUACAGCCACAAUGGGAUCGAAUGGCGUGCAACUCAGUCAUGGCCUGCAACUCACAGGUAUUCUUAGCACAUGGGAUCUUGAGACAGCCACCGCCGCAAGUGUCCGGCGGCAUCUGGAGGAGGAUUUUCAGGUCCAUCUUUCGAAUUCCAUCCAAGAACAAAUCGACAUCUUCUUCGAUGAUGGGAAAGAGGAUGAGAAUGAAGGCAAAGGUAGAAGAACAAGACCGGAGAUAUGUACGUUGUCUCCACAGCUUCAAGACUUUGUUGGAGGGGGACCUGAAAUGGCCCGUGCGGAGGCAAUGAAGAAAAUUGUGGCUUAUAUCCGGGAAAAGGGUUUGCAGAUGAAUUGUAACCAUCUCAUAUUUGCAGAUGAUAAACUAACGUCCCUUUUUCCUGGCUGUACUAAAUCUAUCAGUAUGUUUCAAAUACAUGACCUCCUAUCCAAGGGUUUGCAGAUGAAUUGUAACCAUCUCAUAUUUGCAGAUGAUAAACUAAAGUCCCUUUUUCCUGGCUGUACUAAAUCUAUCUGUAUGUUUCAAAUACAUGACCUCCUAUCCAAGCAUGGUCAUCUACAACCGCUUAAAGCUGGCAAAGAUGAGCGCGGGGUGAGGAAGACGAACGAUGAAGCAAUAUGUAAAAAAUCUGAGAAUUGUGAAGGUGAUCAAGAUAGGGUGAAGAAGAAGGGGAAGAAUGUUACAGAGGAAGAUGUGAGACCGUGGGAUAAUAUGCCACAAGCUAUUAUGGUGAAAAUCUUAAAGCUAUUACCAUUUCCGGAUUGGUCAUUCCACCCCUGCUAUGUUUGCAGUUCAUGGCAAGUGGCAGUCGCCGAUGUAAUGUUUCCACCUGAAAACCGUGAGCUUAAUCUGCGAGUCCUUGAUUCAUAUCCCUGGAUAUUCAGGCAAAGGUGGUUCUUUAAAUACCUCAGGAUUGCCUUAAAUUCUCCAUCCGCCAUCUUUUGGAGAACGCUUUACUUGCCCCAGACUGCAUUCAUCAAAAAUGAUAUCCUUAGUGAGAUUGCUGAAAAGACACCGGAACUGCGUGAACUUUAUGUACCUCAAAAGUUGUGGGAAGAUGUUCUUCUUAAGUCGGUUGCACCUAAGUGGAAGAAUUUGACAAAUACAUGGUUCGGCUACCACCAAUUUUUCUUAUCUCCAAGUAGGGCUGUCAAUUUCGACACGAACCGAUAACACAACUCGAAACCCGCACGAAAUAAAGCGGGUUGAACCAACCCGCACGAUUAAAAAGCGGGUCGGCAGCGGGUCAACCCGUCAUGACCCAUUUAAUAAACGGGUCGGCCGCGGGUCAACCUGCCAACACGAAGUGAACCCGUAUAACCCGAUUAUGCUAUACUUCUUCUUGAAAUUUUGGACGUUGGGAGUAUUUGAUCCAAGGA